UUAUAAAUAUGACCGAUGUGGAGGCGAGUGGCAAUACUGAUGCUUCGGUGGUUCAGUGAAGCCUCGAGCGGCGUGGCCGAGGGUGGGCCAGGCGGACCUCCACUAGCCUCUUGGUCCAGUACCUCCACAACCGGGCCACAGGUGAUCGAGGACAAGGUCACCAUGAACACCCGCGUAGCGUGGAUCUUGCUGUUUACUUACAUUGUCCAGCUGGUUUUGGGUGGCUUUGGAUUAUGGGUAGCAGUCCAGUUCUCCCAGAGGGAUGCACAGAGUCCUCCUAUCCCACCAACUACAACCACAGCUCUACCUACGACAUUACCCCCUUCACAAAGGAAUGGAUACCAAAGGUGGGACUACCACCAUGAAUCGAUUGAACAAACUAAAGAAUAUAAAGAGUAUGUGACGGCUACCAAACGUUAUGCAAGUUGUAUUCGAAAUCCAAGAAUGUACAUCAUGGUUCCCUGUAGUGUUGCUGUCAUGAUUGCUACUGGUUUAGUUGUGAGUGGCAUCUGCUCGAGGAAAACUUUUACAACAACAACUGGUCUCUAUAGCUCGUUGGGUUUGUGGAUAGUGAUCCUUCUGAUUGCUGUACUGUACCAGGCCGUUGAUUGGAAGCCAGACAGUGACUUCUAUUCCACUCUAAAAUGGGUGAUUGGCUUGCAGGUUGGAUUGCUGCUCCUGCUAGUCUUACAGAUUGCCCUUGCUAUGUGGGAGUUACGCAGACAAAAUAAGACUCGCUGGCCGUGCAUAAACAUCACCCAUUUGUUCACUGUUGAAAUGAUUCUUCUUGUGACGAGACUAACACUGGGAAUAUCUAUCAUCACCUUUUUCAACCACUCUCAAAUUAUCUCGGGAUUUUGGGAGGGCGACAUGUGGGAUUCACCACGUGUGCGCAAUCCUGAAUACUAUGCACUACCGUGUAUUAUUGCUGCUCUGUAUGGUGUGAUAGUUAGUGGUGAAGGCAUUGGUUCCCAGUUAUUGGGUAAAGUGCACAACCGAUUGAUGACUUUUACUACCUUCAUGUCAGCCAUUUGUUAUGCAGCCCUGGCUGUUCUUGCAUCUCCAGUAUUUGUGAGGGUUGUUAUUGGCCCUUACAGAAUGCCUCAAGAUGAGAUGAUUCUUGCUAUUGCAUCAAGCAUUAUGAGCUUUUUGCAUACCAUUGCCUGCUUGGCUUUCCCCAUUGGUGUGAGAACACCUCCACACUUUAUCAGGACAAUUGCUGAAAUUAUGUCAAAAGAGUUUUCUAUGAAUGAAUUCAACAUUAAGGAAGUCUUAUCAUCAUCAUCUGCUGCAAUGUCAAGUGCUGCUCUGACCCUGAGAAGCAAAUUCCGAAGAUGUAACACCUUGUAUUGCAAUAUCAUAUCUUCAGCUCUCUCUGUUCUGGCAAUAAUACUUCUCGGUAUUGGAAGUGGUGGUUACGGUGGUACUCUGUGGCCAGGCAUCUUGAUGCUGUGUGGAGAUGUUGCACUCUUCUUACGCUCCCUGCCAGAAGCCUUGUCAGAACUGGUUUACCAUCAUUACAAUGAAACCAAUUUGUUGAAAAUUAUGCACCUCAGCCUGGAAAACACAAUCUUAUUCAUUGGCAGCAUUGGGAAGCCUCCAGGUCAUCGAGAUUUGUAUAGUAGAUGUACUUGUGUAUACCCUGCAAUAUUGUAUGUUACAAAGGAGGAGUAUUCAGAGAAAAUAUUAGUGCAAGUUAAAUUGGAUUAUAUUAAUGAUCAAUCUUCUCUAAAUCACUUUUUUACUGUACAGACUGGUCGAGUGAUGCAGUACUACAAGUACCAGAAUAAAGGCAUAUCUACAGUUGGAGAGACUGGUGAAGAAGAGGACACCAAACCACUUAAAGAGGCAGAGCUUGAGACAGCACAGGAGCUUAGUGAUGAGAAGCAUAGUGGUCAACCGGAGAUACUUGCUUGA